AUGAGUUCCUCUUCUGUUGAAAAACCUACUACAAAUCACAUCCUUGACGACCACAGCGAUCAGCCGUCAUACUCCCAUGACAAGGAAAAUACCACCAUCUAUUCAUACUUGGGGAUGAGUGGUUCAAAUCUCAGUAAUGCCGUGUCAUUUAUGGCCGGGAUGGGAUUCUUGUUGUUUGGUUACGAUCAAGGGGUCAUGGGGUCGUUACUCACUUUAGAAACUUUCAGAGACACUUUCCCUGACAUCGACACCAUUGAUCAUCCUAACAAAGCCACUUAUCAAGGGUUUGUGGUCGCGGUAUACGAAAUUGGCUGUUUGUUUGGUGCCCUAAGCACCAUGAUGUUUGGAGAUAAAAUUGGCCGUCGUAAAACCAUUGUCAUUGGGUGUAUUAUCAUGGUGAUCGGGGCGAUCAUCCAAAGUGCUGCGUUUUCCACCGGGCAGUUGAUUGCUGGGAGAAUCAUUGCUGGGCUCGGUAACGGGAUGAAUACUUCCACCGUCCCAGUUUGGCAAUCCGAAUGUGCUAGACCCGAGAAGCGAGGUAAAUUGGUGAUGAUUCAAGGUAGUUUGAUCGCUGGUGGGAUUUGUAUUUCUUAUUGGGUGGACUUCGGGUUCUAUUUUGUCAAAGAUAGCUCGGUUUCUUGGAGAUUCCCUAUUGCGUUUCAAAUCAUUUUCCCAUUGAUCAUUGGACCAUUCAUCAUGUCGUUACCUGAAUCCCCUAGAUGGUUGUUGAAAGUCGGACAAAUCGACGAAGCGGUCAAAGUGUUUUCUGCAUUGGAAAACAUUCCUGCCAACGAUGAAUACAUUGCCACAGAGAUUGCGGAAAUUCAAGAAGUGAUCUCCACCGAGCAAGCCACCGGUUCGACUAAACAACUUAUCAAAGAAAUGACCAGGCAAGGAGAACAGAAGAAUUUCCAUCGGGUGUGCCUUGCGGCAUGGAUCCAGAUCUUCCAACAAAUCACCGGUAUUAAUCUUGUCACUUACUAUGCCGGGACGAUCUUCCAGCAGUAUAUCGGGAUGUCGGCGUUGAACAGUAGAAUCUUGGCUGCUUGUAAUGGUACUGAAUACUUUUUGGCGUCGUUCGUUGCUUAUUACACCAUUGAGAAAGUUGGAAGAAGAAAGUUGAUGCUCUAUGGGGCCAUGGGCCAGGCAAUCACCAUGGGGGUGUUGACCGGUACCAAUUGGGCUGCUGACCAUACCAGUGGCUCGGGGGCUGGGAUUGCUGCUGCGGUGUUUUUGUUUGUCUUCAAUUCGUUCUUUGCUGUUGGUUGGUUAGGGAUGACAUGGUUGUAUCCUGCUGAAAUCACCCCAUUAAAUAUCAGAGCUGGGGCCAAUGGAUUAUCAACGGCGAGUAAUUGGGCGUUCAACUUCUUGGUGGUGAUGAUCACCCCGGUGGGGUUCAACAGCAUUGGGCCAUACACUUACACGAUUUUCGCGGCGAUCAACUUCUUGAUGGUGCCUGCGGUGUACUUUUUGUUCCCGGAGACUUCUGGAAGGACCCUUGAAGAGAUGGAUAAGGUGUUUGCGCUUUCCAACCCGUGGACCCCCUGGGAUGUGGUGAGGAUUGCCAACGACUUGCCGCACGAUUACCAGGAAGGGAAGUACGUCGAGCAUGUCAAGGGAGAUGCUGAGCAUUUGGAAGAAGAUGGGGCGAAGAUGAUCUGA